AUGAGUACACGCACGAGGCGCAAGAAUCUGCUGAAGCGCAAGAAGAGGCGGCUGUUUGCGACUAUUGCAGCCGAGAUAACGACCAGUGAAGAGGCGAAAUGGACUUCGGAGAAAGAAGAACUGGAGCUUAUGAGGAACGAGGAAGAGCGACAACGAACUCACGAGCAAUGGACAAAGGCGGUCGAGAACUCCACAGCUGCGUUCGUUGCGCGUAAGAGGAUUCUAGCUCAACGGCAGGAGUUAAUCGCGUCUCUACGACUGCUACUGCAGCAGAAGACAUCCGAGCAGUAG